AUGAACAAUAACAACUUGUUUUUGGCAAUUAUUUGGGUAAUGUGCCUCUUGAUAUCUCACCAACAAACAAGAGCUCAACAAUUUCCACCCAAUAGAUGGCUCAGAACAAGUAAUUAUUUAGUAGAGACUUUGGCAGGUGACUCAUCUCAAUGUGCCAACUAUUUAGCUCAAUGGAGAACAAGAGUUGGUAAACCUGUGGGUCUCUUCUGGGUUCCUUCUACCCAGGAGGUUUUCUUUACCGAUUUGGAGAGAAAUGCCGUUAGCAAAAUAACAGCUUCUGGUCAACUCGUAGAUUUGAUUGGUGGAUCAGAAUUGAGAAGAGGUUAUUCAGGAGAUGGGUCUUUAGCAGUCAAUGCCAAGAUCAAUGGACCAACUAGUGUCAUUGUCGACUCAUCAAAUGGUGAUGUUUUCUUUACUGACGAUUGGAACCAUUGUAUUAGAAAGAUUUCGGCCAGUUCAGGAAUUGUUUCAACCGUGGCGGGAACUGGAGUUCAAGGUUUCGAUGGAAACACAGGAAAUGCUCUAUCCAUGAGAUUGAGCAUUCCAAGAAGUAUCAGAUUCACUUCUGCCACAACUAUGACCUUUCUCGAUUAUGGAAAUUGUAUCAUUAGAGAAUUGAACAUUUCCUCAAGUCAAAUUACCAAAACAUUUACAGUUCCAUACAGUUGCACAGGUACUGGAACAGAUCCUGUUGGUUAUAGCUCGAGAGUAUUCCCUUCCUCGACCGGUGAUGUUUACUUGUCAGAUGACAUGAAGAAUAUGGUUUCCUUGAUGCAAAUUAAAGACGGAAAACCAAAGAAUUUUGCUGGUAGUAAGGGAGAUGGUUACACAGCAGAUGGUCUCAAGAUUUCAGAUCAGAAAAUGAGCGUUCCAACUGGAAUUUUCUUAAAUGCUGCCGAAACUACUUUAUACAUUGUCGAAUCAGGAAAUCACUUAUUGAGAUAUGCAACUGGUGAUAAGAUUUACACAAUUGCAGGAACAGCAAUGACUAAGGGAUUUUCUGGAGAUGGAGGAAGUGCCACAUCAGCUCUUUUGAAUAAUCCAAGUGAUUUGUUUCAUGAUGAAGCAAAUAACAUGUUUCUAAUUUCAGAUACUGAUAAUGGAAGAAUUAGAAAUGUGAGUGGUGGAAUAAUCAACUCGAAAACCUUGUAUUCUAAUGCUGUUCCAUCUUCAUUGGUGAGAUUUAGCUCCUCCCUCAACAGUUUCACAUUUGGAAUGGAUGGAAGCUUGUACAUUUCCGAUUACUCCACAAUUAGAUCUGGUAAUUCAAAUUUUGACAUUUAUGCUGGUACUGGUUUGGUUGGUUAUAGUGGAAAUUACACUUUGAGAAAUUCAACUCUUUUCAAUUCACCAAACAAGUUGGCUUUCAACUCUAGAAAUGAAUUAUUUAUUGCGGAUUCGAAUAACCAUCGUAUUAGAAAGGUAGUUGGUGGAAUGACUUUUGAUUAUGCUGGUAAUGGUAAUCCAACAGGUUCUGACAAUGAUGGAGGAUCUGCCUUGAAUGCAGUUCUUGCCAAUCCAACAUCUCUCUUUGUUUUACCUAACGACGAUUUGCUAAUUGCCAGCACUGGAAAGAUUAGUAAGGUAUUUGCAAAUAAUGGAACCAUUGUAACCUUGUAUCGAUCUAUGGGUGUAAUAAUUUCGGAUCUGACCGUCAACCUCAAUAACUUGGAUAUUUAUUUUAGUGAAAAAUCGACUCAUACUGUCAAAAAGUUAGAUUCGAAUGGAGUUUUGACAAUUAUUGCUGGAACUGGAUCGAAUUUAGGAUCAGUUUCUGAUGGAGGUCUUGCAAUCAAUGCAACCAUUGAUUCUCCAAACAGUAUUUUAUUAACUCAAAAUGGAGAGCUCAUUAUUUCUGAACAAUCAAGAAUUAGACGUGUAACUUUGAAUGACAAUUUAAUUUCUACAAUUACCUUAUAUGAUAACUCCACACAAACCAACACUUCAUUCAUCAAUCAAGCCAAGUCUUUGUAUUUGAAUGCAAAUGGUGAUAUUCUCUAUGCAGAGGGUUGCACCAUCAAGAGAAUCAAACAAAUUUUACAACCUGAAUAUCCAAUCUCAUGUUUUGGAUAUCUUGCCAAUAACUCACUGGUGUGUUCUGGAAAUGGACAAUGUAAUGUCACUGAUCAAUGCUCUUGUAAUGAGGGAUUCAUUGGCUCCAUGUGUGAAACACGAAACCAUUCCUGUUUUGGUAUUCAUUUCAACUCUUCUUUGGUUUGUUCUUCUCAUGGUGAUUGCAUUUCCAAGAAUAAUUGUUCAUGUUACAAUGGGUUUUAUGGAGAUAAUUGUGAGUCCACUAUUGUCAUUCCAUUGAAUUAUACUUGUUUUGGUGUGAAUUUUAAUGAUUCCAGUGUUUGCUCUGGAUUUGGAAACUGUAUUGCGACUGAUAAUUGUACGUGUAGUGUUGGUUACUCUGGAAGUAAUUGUCAGAAUGCUCCAAUUCCUCCACUGACUUGUUUUGGAGUUUUGGCCAACGAAUCGACAAGUGUAUGUUCUGGACAUGGCCAAUGCGUGUCCAAGGAUAAUUGUACUUGUGCCACUGGAUAUUAUGGAUCUUCAUGUGAAUUUAUUGUGCAACCUCCACCAAUUACUUGUUUUGGAAUUUUAUUUAAUGAUUCCACAGUUUGUUCUGGACAUGGAUCAUGCAACUCCUCAAACCAAUGCUUAUGCAGCGAAGGAUACACUGGCUCUUCAUGUCAAAAUCCACCUCCACAACCUACACCUCCAAUUACUUGUUACGGAUUAUUAUUCAAUGAUUCCGUAGUUUGUUCUGGACAUGGUAAUUGUCUCUCAUCAAAUAAUUGCUCAUGUGAAACUGGAUACAGUGGAAGUGAUUGCAGUUCAUUCAAAUGCUUUGAUAUUGUUCCAAGUAAUUCUGCAGUUUGUUCUGGACAUGGCAGUUGCAGUGCUCCAAAUACUUGUUCCUGCUCCAAUGGAUACUCUGGAAACGAUUGUAGUCAAUUCGAAUGUUUUGGAACUUUAUUUACUAGUUCAUUAGUUUGUUCUGGACACGGAGUGUGUAAUUCCACAAAUCAAUGUUUAUGUAGUGAAGGAUUUAUUGGAAACGAAUGUCAAACCAAGAAUCAUACUUGCUAUGGAAUGUUAUUCAACGAUUCAAAUGUUUGUAGCCAACAUGGUGAAUGCAUGUCAAAAGAUAAUUGUCAAUGUCAAGAUGGAUACGUUGGAGCAAAUUGUGAAAUUCCAGUUUGUUAUUCAUUGUUAUCAUCUGAUUUGAAUGUAUGUUCUGGAAAUGGAAAAUGUCCAGCUCCAGAUUCAUGCCUUUGUAAUGAAGGAUGGUUUGGAAAGAAUUGUUCGAAUAGAGUUUGUGUUUCUGUGGUUGACGUUAUAAAUGGAAAUGUGACAUGUAGCACAACUACUCAAUCAGAUGAUGUGGAAUUAAUUAAGAGAGCAGUGACUGAUCUUACUGAACUAGAUGCAGAAGAAUUGCAUUUCCACAAGUAUAGUUCAGUUUCUGUCAAAUUUCCAUCAGACAUUAGUUCACUUUCCACUUCUCAAGAUUUAACAAUCAUUGCAACAGUCCAAAACAAGACGAGUGCCAAGCAAAAAAUUGGAGCCAUCAACAGUGAUGUAGUUUCUGUCUCAUUCCUCAAAGAUGACGGUUCUAAAUUCCAAGUUUCGAAUUUGGCAAAUCCAAUUAUCAUUAAUUUUGCCAAUAUUUCAAUUGAAGCAGAUUCGAACGAAAGCAUUAGAAACUUUACUUGCAUGUUCUUUGAUGCAAACAUCAAUUCAUGGAGUGAUACUGGUGUUUCUACUCUCUUUUCUUUCAUUCAACGAGUUUCGAAUAAUCAAUUCCAAGUUUCCAUUCAAUGUCUCACCACUCACUUGACCACCUUCUCAGUCAUUGACAUUAACAUUAAGAAACAAAAUUCACCAAGCACCACCAUCCAACCCAAACAAGAUCAAACCUCAAACGAUUCCACUGUUAUUAUUGCAGUUCUAGUUUCAGUCAUUGCUUCUUCAUUAAUUUUCUUCGUUGUUGGAAUUGUCAUUGGUGUGAGUGUUGCAUUACUGUAUAAAAAGAGGAAGAAGGAAAAGGAUUAUUCAGCUUCUUCCUCGACUGGAGUGUAA